GCACGUGUGUCCGCUAGUAGCAUGAACCUCUGCGAAGACCGCCGGGAGAGCCAGAAUGCGCUGUCUCCAAGGGUAUUACCGGUGCUGGUACUACUCAAGGUGUGGAGUGAGUAUGGUGAAGAUCCGUGCGAGAACGUGGACCUAAUUCUGCUAUUACUGGAAGCCGUGUGUUCCCUGGAGGGAUCGCAAGUCGAAGUAACUGGCUCACAACAGGAGGAGACACUACACAGUCUGGUAGAGAGUUUGCAGGUGAUGGAAGAUGCCUCACUUACUACCAAGUUCAUGAACUAUGUUGAGGAGGCAGGGAGGAGCCUGACCAGAUUCAUGGACCUGUUUGAGAAGGAUCUGGUCAAUCUUCUCUCACCCACUCUGGAAGACGAUGAGAACAGCAAGCCUCCACUGAUAUCCACCUUCCCCGUAUCUCCUGUCCUGGGAGUGUUUGUAUCGCAGUGUGUGAGUGGCUACAAGUGUCUAACGUUCUCCCAAGUGGUACGGCUGCACAAAGAGUGGGGGACACUAACUACCACUGACACCUCCACCACAUCCGCCUCGACGAAGGUGUCUGGCGAUAGAGUGGAGGUCUACAUGGAGAAGCAGGACUUCAUGUCAGCCCUGGCUGAGCUGACUCUCCCUAGCCACCACCACCAUGACUUCAUCUCUCUGGGAGACAACGGGAAGAAGGAGAGUUCGAGACGUGACCCCAGUUCUGAGGCUCUCAAAGUGGCUGCACUCCAUGACUACUUUGGUCACAAGGAGGAGGGAACGAGGGCCAUUCAUGAAGCAGUUCGUCUUGCACUCCAUGAGAACAACACCAAACAGCUCCAACACUGCCUGGCCUGGCUCCACAAACUGCAGCCAUUCUCAGGUGAAGACGCUCUCUCGGUUCUGAAGAGACUGACAUCCAGUGCAAAGGAGCUCCAACAACCACUGUUGGCAGGCUGGGGGAGACUGGAGGAGAGCAGAGCUCUACUGGACCUGGGGAGAGACCCUCCACAAGUGUUGCAGGUGGCACUAUCCAGUGGAUCAGGGGACUGUGUCCCGGUGUACAGUGGGUGGCCAGAGAAGAUAUCUCACAGAGGAGCCUCACUGGCUGCCCUCGCCAAGAUAUGGGACCACUAUGGCUUCAGUCAUGGUGAGUGCAGCUCUACUGCCAGUGGC